AUGUACUGUGCCGGUCUCCUAGGAAGUGCCCUCUCCAAUUCAUACGGCACACUCCUUGGCUUCCGAAUGCUCCAUGCUUUUGCCUCUUCUGUCUGCGAGGCUCUUCCCGCGCAGGUUGUCGCAGAUGUCUUCUUUCUCCACGAGCGUGGCAAAGCCCUUGGAUGGUAUACCUGUAAGCCACUGACCCACUACCCUGGUCAAACCCUACUGAUCAAGAUCUCAGUUGCGCUUACGACUGGCACUCUGUCUGCUGUCGCCGCCAGCUAUAUGCUUGCGGGGGGCCACUCCUACAACCUCUUCUUCUGGGUUGAGUUUGUGGUCGGUUGUGCCUUGCUGCUUGCUGUUUUCUUUCUCUUUGAAGAAACCAUGUUCUUCAGGGAUAGCCAGAUCCCUGGCGUUUCACUGAACGCUGAUGGUUCGGCUGGACGUCAAAAAGGCGAGGAGCAGCAGACUACCGAGGAGAUCGAGAUCCAGGCAACGCCGCGAACCUACGUUCGUGACAGUUACUGGCAACAACUCAAGUUUGUUAGGAGAACAGAUCCAAACUCUCCGAUUUUCAUGAUGAUGAUUCGAUCGUUCACAUAUUUUGUGGUUCCACCGGUCUUCUGGGUCUGCACAACCUAUGGAAUAAUCAUUGGCCUGGCAGCCCUAGCUUUCACUGCAACAUUCCCCGGUAUUGUAGCGGCUCCGCCUUAUUCCUGGCCAAUUGAAAACACAGGACUUGUAGCCGUUGCAGCAUUUAUUGGCUACCUCGCUGCCGCUGGGCCAUUCAGUUCGCUCCCCGAUCGAUUCUCCGCCAGAUUAGCCAAGAAGAACAACAACAUCUACGAAGCUGAGCAUCGUCUCUGGUGUCUCGUCGUGGUGAUUUUUGUAUCUCCCGCAUCUCUGAUCCUAUACGGAUACUCAGCCGAGAAACAGCUUCACUGGUUCGGUUUAGUCUUCGCAGUUGGGCUCUUCCAAUUUGGGGCCUUCUUCUUCUUGACGUAUACACUAGCGUAUGCAAUGGACUCGUAUGAAGCAAAUGUACCAGAGAUGUUGAUUGCGAUGAAUAUUGGCAAGCAAGCGAUCUCUUUUGGGUUUGGAUAUGAGGUCAUCAACUGGAUCAUGAAAGAUGGGUAUGUGACGGUAUUUGCGGGAAUAUUCUGCAGUGUUUUGUUGGUUAAUAACCUUGCCGUCUUUGUCUUUUUGGUCUUUGGAAAGCGUCUUAGAGCAUGGUAUCCGCGAACUCGUCUGGCCAAGAUUCACAAGGGAAGCAUCCAUUGA